AUGUAUCUUCACUGGAGGACAUCAGUGUUUAUGAUUUCAGCCUCAGUUGUGCUCAGUGUGAUUGCUGGAAUACUGAUCGCUGUUGCUGUUUAUAAAUACAAAGAACACAAGAAACUACAGCUUGAUAACUGCAGAAUGCAAAGUGCUAUGAAUAGUUUACGAAAACUCAUGGCAGUGAAUGUGACUCUGGAUGCUGAUUCUGCUCAUCCUCGUCUCAUCGUGUCUGAAGAUGGAAAACAAGUGAAAUGUGGAGACACACAAACAGUGAAUGAGGGAAAUAACAGGUUUAUUAAACCUCUUGGUGUUGUAGGAAAGGAGGGAUUUUCUUCAGGGUGUUUUUACUAUGAGGUGCGGGUGGAGGGACAAACUGUGUGGUAUUUAGGAGUGACCAGAGAAUCUGCUGACAGGAAAGCCUCGAUCUUUCCUCUCAAUGGAUACUGGACUAUGAGUCUGAGAAAUGGAAACUAUCGGGCUCGUGAGUCUUCAUAUGUCUUUAUUUCUCUGAGUGUGAGUCCUCAGAGGGUCGGUGUGUUUGUGGAUUAUGAGAAGGGUUUUGUCUCUUUUUAUGAUGCUGACUCCAUGUCUCAUAUCUACUCUUACACUGGUCAGACUUUUAAUGAAAAACUCUAUCCAUUUGUGUGUUUGGGGUAUCAGAGAAAUAAAAACUCUACACCACUGAUUAUCUGUGAUGAUUACUAAUGAGGAGAGUCCAUGAAUUUACAUGAGCAAAAGAAAACAUGGUUCAAAAUAAUAAUAAUAAACACAAUUGGUAUAACAUUCAUACAUUAGUGUCAAACAUUUGCGCACACAAUUGUGAUUUUUAUGUCAUUAUACAACUUUCUAAUGUAAACACUGAAUAAUUGUGAUUAAAUGAUUAAAUGAGUCAAUUUUGUAAAUAUGUACAAAUAUGUGUAAAUAUAUGUAGAAAUAAACAAAGAACUCAAAGCUGAACUAAAA